AUGAGUGACGGGAAGCGGAAGCAGCAAGACAGGCGGCAGGGAGCGUCCCAGCAUGUCACUCCACAAACAACAACAACAACAACACCAACCACCAAGCGGAAACGCAUAGUUGAAGCAGAAGAGCUAUCUCAGCGUUCGGUCAACUGUGUCGCAAAGCGGCAGCGAGCUAAUCUUUCCGACGGGCACAGAGACGGCCAACAGGGAAAUUCGGACUUCCUGGGAAGACAGGAUUUUGAUCUAAAGCACGAACGCGUAUCUGAAGAUCCGGCACCUCUAAAGCACCACAGGACUGAAAAGGACCCAUAUGUUGAAUACUGGGUUGCUCAUAAGUAUCAGAUAUCCAAAGAACCUAUAGCAACCAAUCCAAUGGAAUACUGGUUCGCACGGCCGAAGGCUCUGCGCCAAACAAAGUCCAGCACUAGUUUGUAUACCCAAAGCGAGUCCGGCUCAAACAAAAACAGGUAUAACGAUAAGAAUUUCGAGAUAUUUCUGCAGUCUAAAGGGAGCUUCAUGCAAAAUGAUGAAAACGGGAUUUCAGGCGAUAGUAAGGAACUUUGUCAGCGGUUACUUGAGAAGGGGCAUAUCGUUCCUCCUAGAGAUACCGUCUUCGAUCAGGUUGUUUUCGAGUCUACUUGUCGGAGGGUCGGGACGCAAAGCGAGAUGGGGGUCAUUCGAAUCAUUGGGGAGUUAAUCGUUCCAUCAGCUGAAUGUGCUAUUGGCCUUGGCCAUGUUGCAUUCAAGCACCUGAUCUCCAAAGUGAACGAAGUCUGGGACAACUCGAUCUCGCUUAAUGCGGUUCAACCACCUCUACAGCUUCCAUUACACCCUCCCCCACCUCCGCAAGCGUUGCCAAAAUAUUCACAGUUUCAACUUUCUCGACCACAGCCUGAUUUUGCCGUGGGAUUCUGUCGUCGGGCCUUCAGUGACGAUCAGCUGCGCAGGCUUGAACCCUUUAUUGGCGAUGUUGAUCAAUCUUCUUUCUUUAUGAGCACAGCUGAUACAUAUUUUCCUUUCAUGACGUCUGAAGUGAAAUGUCAAAAAGUGGCACUAGAUAUUGCAGACCGACAAAAUGCACACAGCAUGACACUAGCAGUUAGAGGAGUUGUCGAACUGUUCAGGGUUGUCAAGCGCCUGAAGGAACUGAAUCGAGAGAUUCUGGGAUUCUCAAUAUCACAUGACCAUUGCUCAGUGAGAAUCUAUGGGCAUUACCCUAUUAUAGAUGGAGAGAAAGUCACCUAUUAUCGGCAUACCAUCCACAAGUUUGAUUUUACUUCGUUAGAAGGGAGAGAACGAUGGACAUCUUAUAACUUUACACUGAACGUUUACGAUCGCUGGGCUCCCUCUCACUUCAAAAGGCUCUGUUCGGCAAUUGAUGACAUACCAGACGUGACCUUUGAUGUUUCUCAUCAAUCGGAGGCAUUAGAGCGCUCGAAGGAAUUGCAGCCACCAGAAGUUUCAAACCUCGGUUUUUCGGAAGCGACCGGGAUCUCGCAGGGGCUUGAGGACGUCGGUCUAGGCUCAAGCUUUACAUCUCUUGGAGAAAACGACGGUCAAGGUUUGGACCCUAAACCUGGCCAAAUGAAGAAUAAGCGCAAGCGAGUUAUUUCGGAAAGCAAAUGA